AUGACAACAAAACGGUUCGCGUUUAAAUCUUCGAAGCUCUCCUCUGCAGCAGACCAAUUAUGGUUAGCCAGUAAGAGUGGUUUCAAAGCAGAUGAGAAAAAUAUAAAAUUGGAUCUUGGGAGGACACUUACCAAGGAUAAAACGGAAAAGAGUGGAAAUACGGAAGCGGCAAAAAGUACCGCUGUUGAUUUUAUAUUUGGCUCGAAAUUAUCGGAAAAAGUAAUCAUCAGUAAUGGAGAUAGAACGGAUGAACAAAAUGCUGGUAAUUCCAUAAGCGAGCUUACCGUAGCAAAGAAUGAAGCCAAAAGUGAUGCUCCAAAAAGUGUUACAGAAGUAUUUGAAGAAAUCAAACAAAAAGGAGCUUCAUCAUCCUUUAUCAAUAAUCAUAAAACAAAAGAGUCAGUUGCAGAUUUAGAAGCGGUCUCUGCUUCAUCGAGUUCAGUUAUUAACGAAGAUAAUUCGAUUACGUCUUCAGAGAAAGAGGAGUCAUUAAUUCCACCUAAACUAGAUAUUCUGACUGGUGAGGAGGGUGAAAUAAACAUAUAUCGAGCAAUGUGUAAGUUACAUUCAUUUGAUAAUUCAACGAAAUCAUGGAUGGAGCGUGGCUUGUCUUGCUUACGUAUUAACGAACGGGGCGAAGAACCUCCUUACACAUAUCGAAUCGUUGGUCGAGUAAUGGGCAACCAAAGGGUAGUGCUGAAUUCGCAGAUAUUUCCGGAUAUGGUUGUUGAAAAAUUGUCAAUGAGACGGGUGAAAUUCUCAGCCACAGCGCCAGAUUCUGAAGUCCCAACACUUUUUCUUGCCACAGCGUCUGAAUUUGUUGCUGCACAACUUUAUGGAACUCUCUCUCGAAUUGUGGAAAACAAGAAGAAGGAAACAGUACGUAAGAGAAAAUUUUCAGAUACAGUUCCAGAAGAUGAUAAUAUCGAAUCGAAGAAAGUUUUGGCUCAAAAUUAA